AUGAGUUUAUCCCAAGCUUUACUGCUGGCAUUCAGCGCUGUCGUAUCGGCUGCUGCAUCUGACAAGCGGGGUCUUGUGUUUGUGCCAAAUGAGAAAUGGCCUCAAGAUGAUAAGAUAUGGGUCCAGUCCGGAUCGGAUCUCACUUGGUAUUACAACUAUGGCUCAACACCGUCGUCCGCUUUCUCAGAUGUAUCGCAGGACGAUUUCGAGUUUGUGCCAAUGCUUUGGGGCACCAUCAGCGAUACAGCCUUUCUGAACGAGGUGAACAGUUUGAUCGAUGGUGGCCGCAAUAUCACACAUGUCUUGGGCUUCAACGAGCCAGACGGCGAUCAAGCGACGGGCGGUUCCAAUAUGCAACCCGCACUAGCAGCCCAGGUGUGGGUUAAGAACAUCGAACCGCUAGCAGCAAAGGGUAUCAAACUAGGAUUGCCUGCAUGCACUGGAGGCUGGAAUGGAAUUCCCUGGCUGCAACAGUUUCUGGCAAACUGCUCAGCGCUCGUCAGCACAGAUUCCGAGACCAAGAACUGCACGUACGACUUCGUCAAUAUCCAUUGGUACGGCGACUUUGGAGGGCUCGCAAGCCAUAUGGGCUCAUAUUCCGCUGCUUUUCCGAAUGUCACCCAGUGGAUAACGGAGUAUAAUCUCGACAACCAAGAUCUAUCCACAACUCAAGCAUACUUCAACACGUCCGCAGAAUACUUUGAUCGCUUGGACUCUGUCGGUAGAUAUAGCUAUUUUGGCUCGUUCCGAUCGAAAGUUAGUAACGUCGGCGAGAACGCUGUCAUGCUAAACAACGCUGGAGAAUUGACCGAUAUCGGCUCUUGGUAUUUGGGAGGCAAAGCCACUGGAGUCUCACCUACGUCUGCCGCUACGUACAGCAGGUCGCCUAUUGCACUGGCGAUCACGACUGGCCUUUUGGGUGCCUUGAUUCUUGGAAGUUUCUAA